AUUGCACCCAGCACUGGAGCUCAGUAUUUCUGAACCCAGACUUCAGGCUUCUCAGGAGGGGCAUGCAGUCACUAAAGCACCCAAGUAUCUGGUGUGUAAAAGGAAGCUUGAAAGCAAAAAGGAAGCUUUGUUAAUCCUUUCCAAAGAGCUGGACACAUGUCAACAGGAAAGAGACCAGUACAAGCUUAUGGCCAAUCAGUUGCGAGAACGACAUCAAUCGCUGAAGAAGAAGUACCGAGAGCUGAUUGAUGGGGAUCCAUCUCUUCCCCCUGAAAAGAGGAAACAGGCUAAUCUUGCCCAACUAUUGAGUGAUUCUCGGGAUCGAAAUAAGCAUCUGGGAGAAGAAAUAAAAGAACUGCAGCAAAGGCUGGGAGAAGUGCAAGGAGACAAUAAGCUCCUUAGAAUGACGAUAGCAAAACAGAGGCUUGGAGAUGAAGAAGUUGGAGCUCGCCAUUUCGCAGCCCAUGAGCGUGAAGACCUUGUUCGGCAGCUGGAGAAAGCACGAGAACAAAUUGAGACUCUAGAACAUGAUCUUCAAGCAGCAUUGGAUGAGUUACAGGAUGUAAAAGAAGAACGCUCCUUUUACCAGGAUAAAGCAGACCGACUAAACCAGGAACUUAAUCAUGUCCUAGGAGGACAUGAAAACCGUAUCAUUGAUGUGGAUGCUCUGUGUAUGGAGAACCGAUACCUCCAAGAGAGAUUAAAGCAACUUCAAGAAGAGGUCAAUCUUCUUAAGUCUAACAUUGCUAAGUACAAGAAUGCUCUAGAGAGACGGAAGAAUUCCAAGAGUCACAGUAGAUCCAGUAGCAGUGCUCUGACUGGAGUCCUUUCUGCAAAACAAGUUCAGGAAUUGUUAUCGGAGGAUCAUGGAUGUAGUCUGCCAGCCACACCCCAGUCCAUUUCAGACCUCAAGUCUUUGGCCACUGCCCUGCUGGAAACCAUCCAUGAGAAAAACAUGGUCAUACAACACCAAAGACAAACCAACAAAAUUCUAGGAAACCGAGUGGCAGAGCUGGAGAAGAAAUUAAGGACAUUGGAAAUUUCUGGUUUGUGGAGUCUUCCAGGCGGAAAGGAUACUAUCACAUUCAGUGAUCCAACCCUGCCUGUUAUACAGCGGUCAAGAUCACCAUUAACAUUCACUGGCAAGCCACCACAGAAUGAAGCACAGAGGCAUGAAGCACAAGCAAAAGGAGAACCAGAUGAUACUUGCACUGUUACAAAUAAGUUUACAGCUCCAAAGGAAUCUUCUGAGGUUUCUGAAGCCCAUCUAAAUAACAGUAACCAAAAUAAGCAUCUUCACCCCUUGCUACCCCAGUUACCUUCUGAGGAAGAAGAUAUAAACAGACUUGGAAGUGAAAUAAUAAAAUUAACAGAAGAACAAGCAGCUGCAGAACUCGGGAGCAAAACAGGAAGUCCAGCAGAGGGCCAGAGUCCAAGGGGCCAACCAGAACUCAGUGGUUCAUCUGGGGGACAGUCCCCAUUAUCCAGCCCUGAUUCAUUUGACCCCACAGAAGCCUCCAGCUCAGAGACUGAGCAAGUCCUGAAAGACAAUUAUGAAAUCUCGGAGAGUGAUUGUGAAAAUCUGAAUGAGAAAAAGCAUGAAAAUAGUGAGACACUGGAUACUGAAGGACUUGGAGAUCUAACUGCUACAGCUGCAUGCACAAAUAACAUCUUGGACCAUCCCCCUGAACCAGAGAGUGACAGGCCAUCAGAUCCUGCUGAAAACUCUGAAUAACUGGAUAACAGCUUGGCUUGAGGUAUGAAGUCCAAGCCCUCAAGCAUCUCUGGUCAUCCUUUGCCAGUGCAAGCUGUGUUGUUGUGAAUGUGGGUACUCGCUGAAACAGUGUUGCCGUAGAGUUGGUUUUUACAUCAGUUUGUCAACAAUUGUCUAUUAAAAAGGGUUUUUUUCCUAUUAAUAGUGAUUAUACUGUACCAAAAAAUGUAAAUAUGUAAUAGGGAGAACUUGAAGCUGAUGGCUUUUUCAUCAUGCCUCUAGUAUUUACAGUGAUUUAGAGUUUCUAGGUGGAUAGGCAUAACUGAGAAUAAUGGGGUCAGGAGACCCACCGUUAUGCUUGAUCAUAUCUAGUCUUAGCUGGGUCUAAAAGUUAUGUAUAUUCUUGGCAGCGGAAUGUGUUUUUUAAGGGUUAGAAAUGUCUUUUUUAGUUAAUGGAGAUUUGUCAUUCUAAACUGAAAAGAAUCUUGAGGUUUACAGGCUUUUAUUUAUUUUCUAAAUUUCUGUUCCCUACCUGAACGUAGUUGCUGCAAGCGAGCAUUUAGGAGAGCAGCGUUUGAUCUGCUCUAAAAACAAAACCAGCACAAACAGUUCCCUCAUCUCAAAGCUCCAUUUCUCCUCCAGAGUGUAAAUUUUUCCUUCCUCUGCUCAUGUUGGAAACUGCAUGAAAAUGUGUUUUAGAUACAGCUGUGAAGGCCUGUCUUUUAUUGGAGGGACCAUUCCCUGGAAAAACACACUCCUUUCUAGGAGGUAUGGCAGAGCUAUUGGGGAAAGAGGCAUAGGCUUGUCCUCCUGCCAUACUUUUUUGGUAUCAGUUCAUGGAAGUGCAUGUUUCCUCAGGAGUUGAAACAGUGCAUGAGCAGUUGGCCCUUUGCUGGGAAACAGAGUUAAUCUAAGUCUAUCCACACUUUCAUUUUCUUCUUUUUUAAAAGAAAAGUGGAUUUUUCUAUCUGGAAGGAGGGCGGUGUUUCUCAUUCACAUCUGCUUAUCACUUCUUUGGGAAAGUGAUGGAGUAAUUUGAGUCCCAGUGGCCCUCUUAACUUUCUUCCCAGAUUGUUAGUCAGUCCUCAGAAAAACAUUUCAAUGUUAGGGGGUUCCUUAGAGCAAAUCUCCAGAUCUCCAGCGAUGUUGGAGCUAUGCCACUCCUCCAAGGAAGGCAGCCUCAAGGCAAUGCUUAAUGUUGGUGAUAGCAGCUGUUGGAGGAGGGGAGGUGCUUCCUUCCUCUCCUGUUGUAGAAGGAACAGUGUCUGCAGCUGUGAAGAUCCUAUCGGCCAGCAGCCGUAGAGGCAAUUUUUCUGCUGGCUUGGGACCUAAUUGUCUGUAAAUAUUCAUUUUUCACUCCUAGAAACUUGAAACCAAUCAGAGAGAAUUAAACCAAAUUUAAUAAAAUGGUACUAAUAAAAAGGAAAAUCCCUCCCAGACUGAGUCCUCGUUUGACAAAUAUCUGCCAGCUGCAAAUUUUUACAGCCCACUUGUCAGCUACUGGAAAACAGGGUUUAUAUUAGGAACGCUGACACACUCCUCUGUAUGUGGAAGCUGAGCUAGCAGGUGUUGCCGUAAUCAAAGGUGUUUAAUUCCGUGAGCAGUUUGUACUCGGCAGAAGAAAGGCAGUUUUUAAUGGUAACAUUUGAAUAUAAGGGAUGAUGGGACACUGAAAAAUGUGACCUGCCUCUGCGUUUUCAUGCAUUCGCCCUAAUGGGAGCAUGCGUGUAACCCUUUCUCUACUGUGCUUGACUGCUCUGUCAUUGCCACCAUGUUCAGGCAAUAAAGGAAUACUUGCAGCACUCCUCUA